AAAAUCAUCACCAUCAUCAUCAUCAUUAUCAAAACCCGACAUCUGAUUAUCAAAGCAAACCCGAUUCCUCAUUCCAGGGCCUGCCUGAAUCAUCAUCGAACCAAUUCUUGGAUGGAUGGAUGGAUGAACAAGAUGUGCCCACCGCACACUGACUCAUGACCGAAUCCGGAAAGAGAAAACGAAUCCGACCAACACCUGGCACCAUCAUCCCACUUGUACCUCUGCAAACCAAGCAGGGCGUACUAACUAAACCCCGCCACAACCAAUCCAGAUCCCGAUUACCAGACUCGCCGGAGCUGCUACAGCUCCACCAACUACUCAAAACCUACACAUUCGUUGUCCGACUUUGUCGAUCGCCGGAAUACGACGUUUCGGAAGGACUCGAACGGUUUUCUUGCCGGCAGAUCUCAAAUGAUGGUUUCCGAUCACUUUGGGAAUUAACGACUUAAUUUACUGUUGGAUUUCUGCGGGUCAAAGCCCUCUGCUGCUAGGGUUGAUUCACCGCUGACUUGCGGUUCCAAUUUCGAUCGGAUUUGUUCGAUUUUGGGAUCGCAUUGCGGCGGUAAGUGGUGAGCGUUGAAGAUCUGUUAAAAUUUUGGCGUAUCUUGGAAGAUUGAAUUGGGGAGGUUGAAUCCAGUUUGGUAGAUGGCGCUGUUUAGAAGAUUCUUCUACAGGAAGCCGCCGGAUCGGCUGCUCGAGAUCUCCGAGAGGGUCUACGUGUUCGACUGCUGCUUCUCAACCGAUGUGCUCAAUGAAGAUGAGUACAGAACAUACAUGAAUGGGAUUGUGGCUCAGCUACAGGAUCACUACCCUGAAGCUGCUUUCAUGGUUUUCAAUUUCAAAGAAGGCGAUCGAAGGAGCAAGUUAUCGGACGUUUUGUCACAGUAUGAUAUGACAGUAAUGGAUUACCCUCGGCAGUAUGAAGGGUGUCCGCUGUUACCAUUGGAGAUGGUCCACCACUUCCUUAGGUCCAGUGAGAGCUGGUUGUCGCUCGAGGGCCAGCAAAAUGUUGUUUUGAUGCACUGCGAAAGGGGAGGGUGGCCUGUGCUGGCUUUCAUGCUUGCUGGUCUUCUUCUGUACCGAAAACAGUACACGGGGGAGCAGAAAACUCUUGAAAUGGUGUACAAGCAAGCACCUCGGGAGCUUCUUCAUCUUUUGUCUCCGUUGAAUCCUCAACCGUCUCAGCUCAGAUACCUUCAGUAUGUUUCGAGAAGAAAUUUUGGUUCAGAUUGGCCGCCGUCAGAUACUCCUCUGGCUUUGGAUUGUGUUAUUCUUAGAAACCUUCCAAUGUACAAUGGCGGGAGAGGAUGUCGGCCGGUGGUUCGCGUGUAUGGUCAGGAUCCUUCUUUGAAGACAUCCACUAGAAAUUCUAAGCUUUUGUUUUCAUCAUCUAAGCUGAAAAAGCGUAUUCGUCUCUAUCGAUCGGAAGAGUGUGAACUUGUUAAAAUCAAUCUCCGUUACCACGUCCAAGGAGAUAUUGUUCUCGAGUGCAUACAUUUGGAGGAUGAUCUAGUGCGGGAAGAGAUGAUUUUUAGAGUUAUGUUCCAUACGGCAUUCGUUAGGUCAAAUGUUCUGUUGCUAACACGCGAUGAUGUUGAUGUUCUUUGGGACGCCAAGGACCAAUUCUCGAAAGAAUUUAAAGCCGAGGUGCUCUUUUUAGACACGGACUCUGUGCAUUCGAUUGCAAGCUCGGAAGAAGCAGCAAGUGAAGAUGACAACGAAGCAGAAAAUGCCUCUCCGGAGGAAUUUUACGAGGCAGAAGAGAUAUUCAGCAAUGCUAGCGAUAUAGUUCAGUCUAAUGAUGAGGAAAAAGGCAGUAAUCAUGCAAAUCAUAAAGAAUUCUUGAAAGAUGAUUUGGAUCAUCAUACAUUUGAAGAUUGUUCUUCCGAAGAGGGGAUCAACGGACAUGAUGGCAAGAUGCACCCGGGUAGCAAGCAAAAUGAAGAAGUACCUCCAGCAAAGGAUAUCGAUAGGCAGGUUCAACAGCAGAAAUAUGGCGCCGAUAAUAAUGGUAAUAACAAUAAGCUGAAAUCGGAUAAGGGGUCUACAACAGGGUCGAAAAAGCAGGCAGGUUCUGGUUUGAAGACUGCUUCAGAUGGAGUUGGUACAAACAAGAAAUCUAAGCAGCAAGAGCCGCAGGGAGUGCGGGUGGCUAAGCCAACUGCUGUGUCAAGGUGGAUUCCGUCGAAUAAAGGUUCUUACACUGAUUCGAUGCAUGUUUAUUAUCCGCCAUCGAGAUAUAACAGUGCUCCUGCAGCAUUAGCUGUUGCGAAAGAUGCCUCUCCUGGGGGAAAAUCUGGUCCGACAUCUUCGGAAAUGACUACAUCCAGGAGAAGUUCGGCAUCAGGGCGCCCAAAGAGUGGAUCGGGUUCGACAUCAGUAGGAUUAUCUCAAGUUAAAGAGGUUGUGUCCCCUAGGCUGCCUUCUACUCCUGAAUUAGAAAAUGAUGUCUUAGAUAACUCUUCAUUAUCCCCAUCCCCUUUAGCUUCCUCUGCUCAACCGCCGCUGCCACCACCACCUCCUCCUCCCCCUCCUCCACCUCUUUCAUAUGGGCCAUUGAUUAGCAAGCCGCCCCCACCUCCACCUCCUCCUCCACCUCCACUUCCUUCAUAUUCUCCUCCCCCUACAUCAUUUCCAUAUACAAAUACAAGCUCAUGGUCAACUUUACAAGAAACUAUCCCUACCCCUCCCCCUCCGCCUCCUCCUCCUCCUCCUCCUCCUCCUCCUUUCUCUCUUAGUACACAAACUAUUGGUAGAGUUUUUACACCUCCACCUCCGCCGCCACCUCCACCUCCUCUUCCACCCUCCAACUAUGUUGCACAUUUGCCUCCACCGCCACCGCCACCUCCCCCUCCACCUCCUCGUAUAGGGGCACCGGCACCACCUCCACCUCCUCCUCCACCACCUUCUUUACAUGUAGCUUCUUUCUCUUCACAAACAUUCCCACGUCCUACACCACCUCCUCCACCUCCACCUCCUCCUCCAAUGCAUGGAAGUGUAACACUUACUGCAUUUGGUGCUCCACCUCCACCACCACCACCACCUCCGCCGCCUUCACAUGGGGCACCCCCUCCACCACCUCCGAUGCGUGGGGGUUUAGCACCACCUCCACCACCUCCUCCCCCACCAGCUCCGGUACGAGGAGGUUCAACACCACCUCCACCUCCUCCUCCCCCAAUGCAUGGUGGAUUGGCACCUCUUCUAUCACCUUCUCUUGGAGGUCAUAUACCUGGCCCUCCUCCACCCCCUCCUCCUCCCGGAGGUCGUAUACCAGGCCCUCCUCCACCCCCACCUCCUCCCGGAGGUCGUAUACCAGGCCCUCCUCCACCCCCGCCUCCCCCUGGAGGUCGUACACCUGGCCCUCCUCCACCCCCACCUCCCCCUGGAGGCCGUGCACCAGGCCCUCCUCCGCCCCCACCUCCUCCUGGAGGUCAUUUACCUGGUCCUCCUCCACCUCCACCUCCACCCGGAGGUCGUCCCCCUGGCCCUCCUGCACCCCCACCUCCCCCUGGAGGUCGUACACCUGGCCUUCCUGCACCCCCACCUCCUCCUGGAGGUCGUGCAUCUGGUCCUCCUGUACCCCCACCCCCUGGACCUCCAAGACCACCAGGGAGUGGACCUCCGCCACCUCCACUCGGUGGAAAGGUUCCAUCAAUGGAGAAUAGAGGAUUGUCAUCUGGUAGGGGACGAGGGCUUUUGCGUCCUGGGAUGUCAGCUGGCACAGCCCCUAGGAGACCUACUUUAAAGCCACUUCAUUGGAGCAAGGUGACAAGAGUAUUACAAGGAAGCUUGUGGGAAGAAUUACAGAGAUUUGGGGAGCCACAAAUGGCACCAGAAUUUGAUGUAUCAGAACUUGAGUCUCUCUUCUCUGCCACUGUCCCAAAGUCAGAUGGUGCAGGUGGCAAAUCUGAAGGGCGCCGAAAGUCUACUGGUUCUAAGCCUGACAGAGUCCAUCUGAUUGAUCUAAGGAGGGCCAACAACACUGAAAUUAUGCUCACAAAAGUCAAAAUGCCACUCGCUGAUAUGGUGGCAGCAGCACUUGCAAUGGAUGAAUCAAUUUUGGAUGCUGACCAGGUGGAAAACCUCAUUAAGUUUUGCCCAACCAAGGAAGAGAUGGAGCUUCUCAAGGGCUACACUGGUGACAAGGAUAACUUGGGAAAGUGUGAACAGUUUUUUCUGGAGCUGAUGAAGGUGCCUCGUGUUGAAUCUAAAUUAAGGGUUUUCUUAUUCAAGAUUCAGUUCAAUUCCCAGGUGUCGGAUUUCAAGAAGAGUCUGAACACUGUAAAUUCUGCUUGUGAAGAGGUUCGAAGAUCUUUCAAAUUGAAAGAGAUUAUGAAGAAAAUCUUAUACCUCGGAAAUACAUUGAAUCAAGGAACUGCCAGAGGUUCUGCCGUUGGAUUCAAAUUAGAUAGUCUUCUGAAGCUAAUAGAUACACGUGCGACCAACAACAAGAUGACACUUAUGCACUAUCUUUGUAAGGUGCUUGCCUCAAGGACGCCAGAGCUUCUAGACUUUCAUAACGAUCUUGUUAGCUUGGAAGCUGCCUCGAAGAUUCAAUUAAAAUCUUUGGCAGAAGAAAUGCAAGCUAUUAUCAAAGGUUUAGAAAAGGUAAAGCAGGAAUUGGCAGCUUCGGAAAAUGAUGGUCCUGUGUCAGAUACAUUUCGCAAGACAUUGAAGGAAUUCCUGAGUGUUGCCGAGACUGAAGUACUCUCUGUAACUAAUCUAUACUCUGUGGCGGGGCGAAAUGCAGAUGCACUUGCUCUAUAUUUUGGGGAAGAUCCUGCUCGAUGCCCAUUUGAGCAAGUUACGGUCACCCUCUUGAAUUUUGUGAGGAUGUUCCGGAAAGCACACGAGGAGAAUUGUAAACAGGUCGAACUGGAAAAAAAGAAAGCUCAAAAGGAGGCUGAAAUGGAGAACGCAAAGGGAAUUAAUCUGACUAAGAAAGGCCUGAAAAGUGGGAGCUGAAUGUUUCUCUAGAAAUCCAUAGUCCCUUUACGGCGCCCACCGUCUUGGAUGAAGAUCUUUGAACUGAUGGACGCCGACCAACCGGGAGGCCUCGCUUUCGAGAAGUAUCUAUGCACUAUACAGUCUUACAAAUGGAGCGAGGGUGGGGCGCUUUUUAAUGCCCUACAAAACACAAAUCCCUUGGUCGAAUGCAAUCAAGAAGUGGCUAUGGCUAGUCGGGAUUUUCUUACACUGAUCUGCAAGCGGCCUUGUUGUGUCUAGGCUGUUGAAUGAGGGAGUUGUAGCUUAAGAAGAGGAAUUUUCUAUCCAAAGCUUUCCUCGGGUCCCUACCCAAAGGCCGGUCAGAAUGUAGCGGGCGCGCAUGUACAGAGAGAGCUCUAACCUAUAUAUAUAUAUAUAAACUGACGAAUGCUGAUUCUUUGUGACAGCAACAAUGUGUUGGAUUCGGUUCAGUUCUGCAGUCAGGUUUGCAUUCAAAACCUUCUCAUGCAGCCGAGUUAUAUAUAUAUAUAUAUAUAUAUAUGUAGUUUUAGAACUUAGCGAGAUUUAUUAGAUUAGAUGAGAUUACAUACCAUUGAAUUCUGGCAAUGUUGCCAUAAAUAAAUAAAUCAGAGGCAUUUGGAAUUUGAGCUGAAAAAUCUGUUGGAAAAUACAAAAAUGCCCCUGGACGGUAUUAUAGCUAAGGUUUCACACCUGCCUAAUUUAAUGUGUAGAAUAAGGAAUGUUUGUAAGAGUGCACUGGUUAAAGGCUAUUUUAUUGUUU